AUGAGUGGUGGGACUGGCGGCGGCAGCAGCAACUUGGAGCCGAGUGCUGGCACCGGCGGCUCCAGCAGCAGCGCGGCCGCGCCGCGACUGGCGGCGCUGUCGGUCCUCGUCGGCUGCCAGGGGCUCGACGCCGAGGACUCGCUGCUGCAGGCGCUCGAGGCGGACGGCCUGGCUUUGUUGGCCGCGGCGGCAGCCGCGCUCGAGGACCGGCCGCGUGCGGAGCUGUCACUCACGCUGUGUGACAGCGACUUUAUCCGCGGGCUCAACGCGCAGUGGCGCGGCAAGGACUGCGCCACCGACGUGCUCUCCUUCCCUCAGGACGACGCGGAGAUGCUCGGCGAUGUCGUCCUCUGCGUCGAUGUCGCCGACAGGCAGGCGGCAGAGCGCGGCCACGAGCGGCGAGACGAGCUGCGCACGUCCGACGUGGACGCGGCGGAGAUGAGCGAGGCGGAGGUUCGACUGCUCGGCCGACUGGGGUGGCGAGGCGAGGGGCUCGUCGCCGCCGCCGGGGCCGGUUGA